CACAAUUUCUGUUUAGCUGCGUCUUCGUCUUCCACAAAACUGUGACCAGAAAGAGAGUGUGAUAAAAGAAAAAAUCUAUUACCCAUCAAUGAACGAUCUCGAAAACGAAGAGAAGCCCAAGAACGAGCGGUCAGUACACGUGGCGGAACCGGCUAUGACGGCGGCAGCGAUGAAUGGCGUGGCUGCUGCGGCGGCUUUGCAAUCGGUGUUUCAGCGGGUAAAUCAGGCGGCGGAGAAAGCGGGUCGCGUAUCGGAUCAGAUACGGGUCGUAGCGGUGAGCAAGACGAAACCAAUUUCUAUGGUUCGCCAAGUCUACGACGCUGGUCAUAGGUCUUUCGGAGAGAACUAUGUGCAAGAGAUCAUUGAGAAGGCACCUCAGCUUCCUGAAGAUAUAGAGUGGCAUUUCAUUGGGAAUUUGCAGAGCAACAAAGUGAAGCCUUUGCUAACUGGAGUGCCUAACCUUAAGAUGGUGGAAAGUGUCGAUGAUGAGAAGAUUGCAAAUAUGCUUGAUCGUGUGGUUGGAAACAUAGGAAGAAAGCCUUUGAAGGUCUUGGUCCAAGUAAAUACCAGUGGCGAAGAGUCUAAAUUCGGCGUGGAACCCUCAGGAUGCGUAGGACUAGCAAAGCACGUGAAGGAAGCCUGCUCGAACCUUGUGUUUUCUGGUUUGAUGACGAUAGGGAUGGCUGAUUACACUUCAACCCCAGAGAAUUUCAAGAUGCUGGCGAAGUGCAGAAGUGAAGUGUGUAAGGAGCUUGGAAUACCAGAGGAGCAAUGUGAGCUAUCGAUGGGGAUGUCCGGUGACUUUGAGUUAGCUAUUGAAUUGGGAAGCACAAAUGUAAGAAUAGGAUCAACGAUUUUUGGGGCGAGGGAGUAUCCUAAGAAGAAAUGAGCCUGAUUCUUCCCAAUUCUAAAUGUAAAUCAUCUUCAAAUCAAGUUUCGAGAAAGAAUAAAGAGCUGCUGUAUUAGUAAUGGUGGAACGAUGUAUCAUCUUCUUCUCUUUUCGUCUUUCUGUCUUCGCAUUGUAUUUUGCUACGAUCUUGCGUAUAGAACAAGGUAUUACAAGUCGCUAUUGCUCACAUUUGAUGGAUAUAAAUUUAAUAUACACACACAUGGGUAAUAAAAGUAAA